GACGAUGAAGAGCCAGCACUGCGCUACAAGCGGCUGGGUGGCAAUAUACAAGCACUGUUUGAGAAGGACACCGCGAGCGCGCUGAUAGCGUCAGACCGGUUCCUGGUCCUGGGCACGCACUGGGGCCACGUUGUGAUUCUGGACUUUGAAGGCAACGAGAUUAAGAGGUGGCGGGCGCACUCGGCCACAGUCAACAGCGUCAGCAUCGACCUGGACAACGAGUACGUGGCCAGCGCGGGCGACGACGGGCGCGUGGUAAUCUGUGCAUUAUACAGCGACGAGAUUAUGGCGGCGGACUACAGCCGACCAGUGAAGGCAGUGGCCCUGGACCCAAUGUUCAGCCGCAGGGCCAGCCGGCGGUUCGUGUCGGGCGGCACCUCGGGCCAGCUGAUUAUGAAUGAGAAGAAGUGGUUUGGCAAGAGCGACACAAUUCUGUUUACCAGCGAGGGCCCGAUCCAGACCAUCCAAUGGCAGGACAAUUUGAUUGCGUGGGCGUGCGACGAGGGAGUCCAGAUAUACGAUACAGAGCAUGGCACCAGGAUCUCGCAGAUUGCGCGGCCGGAAGGCAGUCCGCGCGCUGACCUGUUCCGGUGCCGGCUGCACUGGCGGGAUACCCGCACGUUGAUUGUGGGCUGGGCCAACUGCAUUCAGAUCGUCGAGAUGCGCGAGCGUCUGCAGGCAGCGGGCGCCGGGGAUGGUGGCGCGGGACCAUCUCUGUUUGCCGAGAUCUCGGUGCUGUUCCGCACCGACUUCAUCGUAUGCGGCUUGGCUAUGUACCGCGACCAGUUCCUGGUUCUAUCGUAUGGCGACGAGGAGCUCGUCUAUAGCACCAUGGCAGAACGCGAUGACCAGGUCCCGGACGAGCAGCACCAGCAGAAGUCACGCAAUGCGCAGCCACCGGAGCUGCGCAUGAUCAACCGCAAUAUUGAGGAAGUGUCCAGCGACGUGCUGGCGCUGGAGGGAUUCCAGCUUUUGCAGCCCAACGACUACGGAUUCGCAUACUGCACUGCACCAUCGGCCCAGCGCGAGCCAUCGGUGCCCUUGGCUGAGGCCGAUACAUGGUUUAUUCUGAGCCCGAAGCAGCUGGUGUCAGUGCAUCCGCGCGGGCUCAAGGACCAUGUGCAGUGGCUGACCGAGCGCGACGACUACCGCCAGGCUCUGCUUGACAUCGAGGAGGCGUACCGCGGCGACGGUGCCUGGGCAAUGUACCGCGACCAGAUCAAGGAGGCAGAGUACCAGGGCAUCGGGCAGAGCUAUGCGCAGAUGCUGAUGGACGACGGCAAUACGAAGGAGGCGGCCGAGGUGUGCGCGCGUGCGCUGCCGCAUGUCAAUACACCCGAGGCUGUCGAUGUGUGGGAGUCGUGGGUGUUCGCGUUUGCUGAGGCCAAUGCGCUACAGGCGAUUGUGCCGUAUAUUCCGACCGAGGGCCUGAAACUGACCAGCACAGUGUAUGAGAUGGUGCUGGGGCUCAUGAUGGCCACAGAUGUGCCAGAGUUCAGACGCCUGGUCUUCACCUGGCCGUCGUCCCUGUUCAACGCCUACAGCGUAGUGCUGGCGGUCGAGGACCACCUGGAAAAAUCGACCAGGGGUGAGGAUGUGGACCAGCUAAAGACAGUCCUGGCGUUUCUGUAUGACAGACUCAAUCAGCCGUCCAAAUCACUGCUGUACCAUCUGCAGCUGUUCGCAGAGGGUGUUCUGGAGCGCGUGCGCAACGAGAACCUGUUUGGUGCGAUCCGUGACAAGGCCGAGCUGGUGAUGCUCUACGACGACCAUACGCUGGCGGAGCAGGAGGAGGUAUCACUGAAGGACAGAUGCGAGGCUGCGGGCGUGCAGCUCCUGACUGACAACACCGAUGCGAUUCCAUCGGCCAAUGUGGUCAAGCAGCUGGUCAAUGCACCUCGACACCUGCACAUCUACCUGCACUCGCUGCUGACCAAAGACCCGCAUUUAGGCGCGCCCUUCGCGGACCUGCAGGUAGAGCUUUAUGCCGAAUACAACCCGGAGAAGCUGCUAAACUUUCUGCGCAUCAGCACGUACUAUUCGUUCGACAAGGCGCUGGAGAUCUGCGAGGAGCGCAAUCUGGUGCCUGAAAUGGUGUUCAUUCUGGGGCGCAUGGGCGACAACCAUCGGGCGCUGAUGCUGAUUAUCGAGCGGCUGCAGGAUGUGCCCAAGGCGAUAGAGUUCGCCAAGGAGCAGAACGAUCCGGAGCUGUGGAACGACCUGCUGAUGUACUCGCGCGACAAGCCAGAGUUCAUCCUGGGCCUGCUGGAACUCGGCGGCACCCACAUCAACCCAACCAAGCUGAUUCGCAACAUCCCCUCGGAGCUCUCGGUGCCAGGCAUCCGCAGGGCGCUGACCAACGUCCUGCACGACUACCAUCUGCAGGUCGAGCUGUGCAUAGACUGCAAACACGUGCUGAACGGCGAUGUCGAUGUGCUGUCGGAUGGCCUGCGUCAUAUGCAGCACCAGGGCCUGGGCAUCGAGAACGACCAGAUGUGCCUUGUCUGCCAGCUGCCGCUCGAGGACCUGCCCAGGGGCUCGGCGGUAUUGGCGUUCUGGUGCGGCCACAUCUUCCACGACAAGUGCAUU